CUAAGUAAUGAUAAAAUAACCAAAACAUUGCAGAACAAACCUUGAUUUUGAUGGAGAUUUGUUAUGAAAAACAGCCUGAUAACUUUGAAUUUACUUGCAUAACAGAAUGUAAAAGGUAACAUUAUCGAAUAAUGGAGGAGAUAAAGAAGCCUCAUCUGAUAUGUAUCGAAGACUUUGGAAGUGAUGAUGAUGAUGAUGACAGUGGGGAAAGCGGCUAUGUCGAUGGGGCAGGCCUUCCAGCCAGAGUCGCGCGUCCAGAGCGAUCCGCAUCGGCAGGGUCAUCCAGUAGUCUCAAUGAUUCAAACCAGGGCCGUCUACGAUAUAUGAACAUUGUGCAGUUUGCAGGGGCAGGCCAGUCAGGAAAUGCUGAUCAGGUUGAUGGGAACAUGGUGCUGACUGCCCCUCUCAGUUUGAAACAAAAGUUAAGCUGCGUCAAGUCAGAGUUGAACAAGAAAUCGGGGAUGUUGUUGAAGACUCAGAACGAUUUGAUUCAGCGGAAUAGCGAGUACACAAUGUUACAGACAAAUCUCGAGCGGUCGAAGAGUGAAAUUGAUGCUUUACGACAGAAAUUAGCAGAAUCGGAGAAAAAGAAUCGUAUGUUGACGUCGCAGGUCAUUGAUCUGACGACUGAUGGUGUUGUUGUGAAAAAGGAAUCGUCAGACGAUGGAUCAUUGGCGCGGGUUUGUCAGUUGGAGUCUGAGUUGCAACGGAAAACAGAACAGCUUGAAAAUGUUCAGAAGGAGCGGGACGAACUGAAAGAACAGGUCACCGAAAUGGAGACGACGUUACAAAAAGUUGAGAAGGGGAUUUUGGCGAAGAUUCAAAAGGUUCAGAAACCGGAUGCUGAGAUUGGUUUAACGCCGCAAGGUGAUGCCAGUCCGGAUCUGUGGCGCAGGUUUUGUUUGCUCGAGCGUGAACUUACUGCCAUUAAGACUAAAAAUGAAAGUCUCAAGCAUAAAUUACAAAAGAAGGAACAACGAUCUGUGGAGAGUGAGAAACGUGUUGCAGAGGUUCAGGCGGAGUUGGCGGGGAAGGAUUUGAAUUUACAGCAUGCGGAGGCAAAUCUGAAGCAACAUCAGGCGAGGGUGAAGUGGUACUCUGAGAUUCUGCAUAAGAAGGAAGAGCAGCUGUGUCAGUUACUUGCUGAGAAGAAGGAGAGAGAGUCGGAGAAGGAGAAAGGAUCCGAGGGUAGAGAAGACGAGAAAACGGAGGUCAAACCUGCCCAGGACAAAGACAAGAGCAAGAUUGAGUUCACCCUCAGCAAGCCAAAUAUCUUUGAUAUUCUGAAGAAGCAGUUCAAAUCUGUCCCUGCAAAGAAAAAGAGUGUGUCAGCGGCAGCCGGUUCAGCAGCCAGAACGGAGCCCACUGAUGUGACAGAUUCAGGGGACGUCUCAAAAAAUGAUGACGAAAUGGAGAUAUUUUCUGUAGAUAGUCACGAUUCUGAUGAUAAUUCUAAAGCGGAAGAAACUAGUUGCAAAGUGGUGUCAGAAAAUUUAGUCAAGUCAAAAAUAAAGGAUAAUUCAGGUACCAAGUCUAAGGAAGUUGUUGAGGGAGAUGUUGUUGAGGGUGCUGGUGUGACCCAUGCGGCCAAAUUGACGAUCAGUCCUAGUAUAUUUGGUGCAGCAAAGAGUGUGACUUGUAGAACUGAUGCUGUAGGGUCGGGGCACGCUGCAGCAUCGUCAGAUGUGGGUAUAUUUGCCAGCUUCACAAACGAACGGGACGUAUCUGUGCCAAAAACGAUAUCGGGUGGAACGAGAGGAAAAGAACCAGGGAAGGAUUCAUUGAAAAAUGACAACAGUUCUAAUAUUGUUCAGCAUGUCGAACCUGGGAGUUCGACUUCGGAUAAGGUUGUCGUUAAAGCUGAAUUCGGUACCGAAGACAUAUCUAGCUGUGAUAGAGUUAAACAAACGGAAUCACUUUUUCAGCCAGUCGUAACUAAUACACCAACAAUGUCAAAUUGUCUGACUAACAGUUUCUCACAAGCAACUUGUAUGCCAACAAUUGGAAGCAAUCGGCCAACAAUUGGAAGCAGAUGUGUAGGAACUGAUAACUUUAAACCAAUGACACGAACAUUUUAUCCACCGAGGUCAACAGUUGGACUCACGCGGUCAAGAUCUGAAAACUACGCACCAAUGUCCCAAACUUUUUAUCCACCGACAUCUGCUAUUGGGAUUAACUGCGUACCUGAUUAUUUUGGCCCUACAUCACCUCUGGCCGCCUUCAGUAGCUUUCUUCCACCGUCUAAUGUACUGCCAGUACCCGUAGCGCAAUCUCUAACCGGCCUCCACCCAGAUCCAGUGAACCGAACUUUCAGCUGCCCAACAUUUGCCGAGCUACAAAACUCGUCCGGUUUCUUUGGUGACCUAUUGCCGUCAACAAAUCCUGAAACACAAAGUGACGCAUCCUCCAUUUCACGACCUGGUAGUUUUGCAAGUUUCUCUGACCCGACCACUGGACUGUCUACGCCAUCUUUUGGGGAGUUAUUGGUGCCGAAUGUCGUCGUUAAACAGGAGCCUGUGGAUGCAGUCGACCAGACGCCAGAUCCAGUUAAGCCGUACGUCAAAGAGGAACCACUGGAUGAGGACAUCAUCAAUACCGUUCUGGGACUCGAAAAAGAUAAGGCAGCAGAAGACGACCCCUUUGAAGACAGCCUGUUGAAACUAAAGUCGCUAAUCGCAGCCCAGAGUUUGCCAUCCACUCCGAACGAUAUGGAUUUCAGCGAUGACAGCAACAGUGGGUUUGCCUCCCCAGCACUUGGCAGACAUGUUCAGAAUUUCCUGAACGGCAAUGAUGAUGAGCCUGCUGCUGGGCCCUCUGAUGGUGCUUAUGAUGAGGUCGAUGGGAAAAAGAAAACUGGUGGCGAGGAAAAGACUAAAGGCAAUGAAAGUCGCAAAACGGGAGAUAGUUCGACUCCUGUGGAAACUGUGGAGAAACGUAAUGAUGGUCAGGGCGUUACUGAGAUGAAGGAGCAAAGCUCUGAGAAAGAAGAAGAAGAUGAAGUUGAAGAACUGCCAGUACUUCCAGAAAGUGAUGAUGAGUCUGAGUUGGAGGAGGGGGAAAUCAGGGACACUGACGACGAGCAGGAGGCUGGCCCGUCGAAUCCGAAAGAGGAGAAGGAAUUCACCUGGUCAGCAGACGCCUUGAAACCUGUCAACCGAGUCGAAUGCAACGUCUGUGGCAAAAUGUUCCUGACUGAGAAGCUUCUUUCGUCGCACAAAAGGUGGCAUCGCCAGCAGAACCAUUGUCGGGAAUGCGGGAAGACGUUCCUGUGGCAGUUUGAGCUGUCGUUGCAUCGGCGGGAGCAGCAUGGUGUGAAAGAGGAGGGGGAGGGUGCAGGGAGUUCAGGGGGUGCCAGUGCCGAAGGGGUAGCUGAGGAGUCUGAUGUUGUGGAGGUCGAGGGGGAUGAUUCGGAUAUCGAACCAUUCAUUGAUGAAGAAAGUGACGUGGAUUCUAUCGAAGACAGCACCACAUCGGGUAAUUAUGAUCUAGAAGACGAUUUCACGAACUCAGAAUUCGAGACAACGAAAUCAGAAACUGGGUCUGUAGUUUCCGAAGGUGUGGAAUGCAUCUCUUGUAAGAUAUGCAAUAAGACGUUUAGGAAUAAGACGGCAUUGUCAAUGCACAGUAGUGUCCAUACCGGAUUUAGUUACAUUUGUACUCUCUGUGGGAAGGGUUAUAAGUUGGAUAUGAGGUAUAGGCAGCAUUUGGCGAAUGCGCAUGGGUUGCAGCAGGCAGAGGCCGAGAUCUCUCAUACCUGUGAAUAUUGUGAGAAAAGUUAUAAAUCCGCAAUAGCGAAGCGAGAACAUAUAUCUUCAGCGCAUCCGGGGAUGAAGAAUUUCAAAUGUAACAUUUGUAAUAAGUCGUAUCGAAGUUUCUCGAAGAAGCAAAAGCACAUGAUUAAAAGUCAUCCGGCCUGGGCACCGUUUAUGUGUCAGGCGUGCCGCUCUACUUACAAUACAAGUAAAGCUUUAAUGCAGCAUAUUCAGGAGCAGCACGGUAGUACGGCCGCGCAGCCGGUCAUGCCGCGUAAACCGGCGUCGCAGAGAAUGUUAAAACGGUACGUGACUGAACCAUUACCGUGCCCGCCCCCUGUUAAACAGCACGUCACGAGUGUUCAGGGGACGUUGAAAAUAGUCAUAAAGACAAUCAAACCAGACCCGGACGAACUGCCGAACAGUAACGCAGCUCCCGUAUUCAAACCGGAACCGGAACCGGUCUUCGUGCCGCGGAAAAGUUACAGCGUUAUCGAUUGCGAUAUUUGUAAUUUGAUGUUCUCGUUCAAGUCUGCGUUGAAAUUUCAUCUCAUGUUGGUGCAUCCGUCUGCUACGAUGCACGAAUGUAAACGAUGCGGUAUGACGUACACGAUCUUCAAGAAUCUCCAGCAACACAAGAACACUCAUAACUUUGUCCAUCGGUGUUACUAUUGUCGGAAAAGUUUCCCGCGGAAGACCGCAUUGCAGAAUCAUGUAAAGACGCAUUUCCCGGAGCUGAAAGGUCUGAAUUUGCUCCUCAAAUCGAAUCGAAAACGACGAGUGAAGGUCGUUAAGACUGAGCCUCUUUCACCUUGGAUUUGAAUAGAAUAUGUGUGUCAUGUAUUGUUGUGGGUAUAUCAGUUAUGAAAUGAUAACUUGUAAUUUUAUACAAGGCUUAAAAAUAGGAAUCUUCAUUGUAUAUAUUGGCAUAAACGUUUUCUUUGUCAAUAGUGCCGUCUUUCAAUGCUUGGCUGGGAGGAGGAAGGGUUCCUCUCAAUUUCAUGUUUAUAGCAUCCUUGUACUCUUUACAUAGUCCACCUACAGUGUUGGAGCCACCUCCAGUCCUCACCAUAAUUUCCUGGCAUGUAUUUUUAAAUACAAUAACAAUACAAAUACAAUAACGAUACCGGCAGUAGUACCCUCCUACAGUUAUUGUAAUGGUACUCCGAUAUAUAGGCCCUUUGCUAGUCUUUCUGUCCCUCCAACUUGAGGGGAAAUAUGACCAGAGUUUGUAACUGGGACAAAAAUGAAAAAUACGGGGCCUGUAGCGCGUAUCUUUAGAAGCCUCUGCAUGUCCCUGGGGUUAUGGGUGCCUAUUUACUCUUUUUCAAAUCUGCCCGGCCAGUAGACAGGUCAGUUCAUCAGCUAUAUGAGAGUCUUUGUUAUUGAGAGGUCCAAGAUCAGCUCGUUUAUGUUAUACUUAUAGGGUUUCCUGGCUUAAGCACCAUGUCUAUAUUUAUUUGCCAACUAAGUAUUUUUGGUCAGUAGAUUCACACGUUAUGGCAAUCUAUAGUAUUAUUACAUUCGUUUGUAUUCUGCUAUUGUUGAUUUAUUUUGUUUAAUUUCUUUUAGGGGGAUUUUUAAAACCAGUGUGAGUUUUUACCAAUCAUCUCAAUACAAGGUUGGACUCCUGUGCAGCCCCUGAACUAGAUUUAUUGAUAACAUUGUUCUGGGCUCCAAUUUUGUUAAGAGGCCUAGGAUAGAUCACAGGUGAAAAAAACGAAAUCAUAGCAAUUGAUUCUCCUCCUAGGAUAGAUCACAGGUGUUUGAAAAAAGCGAAAUCAUAGCAAUUGGUUCAAUCCCAAUUUUUCUAACACACUACCUAUGAACAGUUGUACCAAUUGGUAUACUAGAAUGUGUGUUUUUGUCUGUAAGCUGUGUUAAUUGGGGUCUGAGCGGUUGCUAAUUGGUUGAUUAAUUCUGGUAUUUUCAUACGCCUGUGAUGACAUGCUGCAGUGGCAGUCUGUGUAGGCAGAGAGAGUAAAUAUCCUUCGAUCUGCUUGGAGAAUGCCACAAGGUCUUUCUGCAGUCACCAUAUCAACAAUUAGAUUCUGUGUCUUUUGUAUAGUGUUAAUGACUUUUUGAACUCGUAGUUUACAACUGAAUAUCUGUAUCUUAAAAAUACUCAUACUUUGUGACUUUCGUAAUACAGUGGAACCUCUCUGAUGCGGACACCCUCUCUGAUAAUGACACUGGUUCCAAACCUGGUCCCAAACCUGUCAUUUCCAUUCAAAUUGACCUCUGUAAUCAGAACACCUCUCUAUUAAGGACAGUGUCCUUAAUAGAGAGGUUCUACUGUAUAUGCUAUUACAUUAAACCUUCCAUAUGUUGGAUUUGCUUUGUCCAGAUCGUCGCAUAUAACAGACAGGUCAAGUCCAAAUCUGUUGGUGAUGUGUAUUAUGUAUUUUAAAUUUGACAAAAAGGCUGUCCAGUCAAUCCAAUAUGUGGGAGAUCAUUUCUUUGUUACAAUCUGAAACUAGUGAAAGUAAUUGUGUUUGUAAGCUGAAUAUUCUAUAGUGUCGAUAAUUGCAGCGUGGAGUUAAUGGUCUGGCCCUCUUAUGUGACAAGAUUUGAACAUUUAUUUUGUGUCAAAGCGUCUUUCAAUGUCUCAAAACCGAGAUAGAUCUUAGGCUUGCAAAAUAAUAGGUAUCAAUAUGCCAGUAGGUGGUGCUGAUUUUCACUAGGGAAUGCGUCGAAAUGAUUUUAAAACUCAAACAAAACUGAUAUUAAGGCAAUACCCUGGUGACAGUCGGUGUCACGUGGUGGCAGCACUGGUUCCUGAGUACAUGGCGCCAAGGUGUUCUUUUAUAGGUGAUAUAGGUGUGUAAAAAUCAAAGUGCAUUGUUAAUAUAGUACAGUGGAACCUCCCUAAUCGACACCUCUCUAAUAAGAACACAUCUCUAUUAAGGACAGUAGUUGUCAGUCCAGAGGGUGUCCUUAAUGGAGAGAUUCACUUUAUGAACAGUUGAUUGGUCCCAAAUUUCGUUGUCUUCAUUCAAUUUGACCUCUCUAAUCAGGACACCUCUCUGAACGACAGUACUUGUCAGUCCUGAGAGUGUCUUUAAUAAAGGGGUUCUGCUGUACUUCACUAUAUGUACAGUUGAUUGUGGCCGAGGUUACCUAGUCUGGUCACAAUUACAGUAGUGUCUUGUUUUGUUGCUGUGCCAGACACAGUGCUGGUCAUUAUGGAUAUUGUAUUCUAUCUCGAGGAGUAGGAAUAAUCAUGUUUUAAAGUUCUGAA